AUGACCACACAAAAAUCACAUUUAAGAGAAUUAUCUCGUAAAGAUAAGAAAAGAUACAAUAUGGAAACGAAAGUUUCUAAAAUUCAUCAUAAUUUCAUUAAUGAUAGAGACGUCCAUUAUAAGGAUCGUUUAACUUCAUUACAAUUAAACUUGACCACGUUACAUGAUGGAACUAACCCAUUAUUAUUGAGAGGAAUUCGUGAUUUGGAAGAAGAGAGGGAUUUGGAUUUAGUUAGGUUGAGAUUUUUCGAAGAGUAUAGAGUAUCCAGAUCAAGUAUAGAAUUCCAAGAAGAUAUCGAAAGGGCUAAGAUGGAUCAUGAAAAGUUAAUUAAGUUAUGUAAGGAGAAGUUAUAUUCCAUUAUCGAUAAUAAGAUUAAGAAUUUGAAAGAGGAAAGAUUAUUGAUGGAUGUGGCUAAUGUUCAUUCUUACUCGAUGGAUUAUUCAAGACCUUAUUAUCAUAAGAAUACUAGAAGUCAUACUACCACGGGGGCCGCUUCAGUGCAACAACAAUCUGGUUGGGAAUCUUCCUCUAAUGAUAUGGCUAAUGAAAGUGCCACUGAUACAGGGUUAGAAAGAAGAUCAUUAAGAAGAAGAUUGGGGACUACUAGAGGAGGUGAUGAUGAUGGCGAUACAUUUAUCGGUGGUCGUGGUCGCAAGGGUAAACAGCAACAACAACAUUUUACUACAGGUAAUACAGGAGAUAAUAAUAAUAACACUGAUGAAUCUGAUUUCCAGACUGGAUAUUCCACAGGUACAUGGACAGGAACUAUAGCCAAACAAAAGACAAACAGUAAUAAUAAUACUAAUGGUUAUAAAACGGGGAUUAGUUCUGAUUCUGAUUUCCUACAAGGAAUUAGUGAUCAUGCAGAAUUACAAGCAUUGUUGUUUGGUGGUAAGAGUGCCAAUGGAGCAGCCGCAAAAUCUACUGCUGAAAACAAAAGGAAAUAUAGGAGUCAACGAUACUCUACUAAAUCGGCACCUCCAUUAGGAUCAUUAACUACAGAUGAGAUCACAGAAGACAUCAACUUGUUAAGAUCAUUAUCUGGCAAACCUCCAAGUCCCUUUAAAACUGCAAACUCUUCUUCUGCUGAUUGA